AUGGAUAAUAUAAGUUACUCUAUUAAAGAAUCUUUGGUUCCUGAUAGUGACAAUAGAGUUCCAGCUUUUUAUAUUCUACCUAAAAUCCAUAAACAAUUCAAUUCUGAUCUACCACUCGGUUACCCUGGAAGACCAAUAGUAUCUGGAUGCGGUUCAUUAACUGAAAAGAUAUCAUCGUAUGUCGAUAAUAUACUCAAACCACACAUGGAAUCAUUACCCUCAUAUGUCAAGGAUACUACAGAUUUUAUCAGAAAAAUACAAAACAUAACAAAUAUUUCAACAGAAUCAUUCUUAGUAACAAUGGAUGUAUCAUCUUUAUACAGUAAUAUACCUCAUAAUGAUGGAAUCAAAGCAUGUCAGUACUACCUUAAUCAGAGAACAGGACAACAACAUUCAGUUAAAGACAUUUUACAUCUUAUUGAAAUAGUGCUUACAAAAAGCAACUUCCAGUUUGGUGAUGAUAACUAUAUACAAAAUUUAGGAACAGCUAUGGGAACUAAAAUGGCACCAUCUUAUGCUUCAUUAUUUAUGGGAAAAUUUGAAAUGGACUUUUUAAAUACAUGUGAAAGAAAACCCUCAAUAUGGCUGCGAUUUCUUGAUGAUAUUUUUUUCAUUUCGGACCACAGUGAAGAGGAGCUUAUUACAUUUUUCAAUGAAAUUAACAAGUAUCACAACACUAUUAAAUUUACUUAUAACUACUCAAAAACAAAUGCAACAUUUUUAGACGUAAAUUUGGAAAAGAAAGAUAACUGUGAAAUUGAAACUAGUGUCCAUGAAAAAAUAACAAAUGCCCAUCAAUAUAUUGAAUUUUCUUCAUGCCAUCCUUUGUCAUGUAAAAAAGGUAUUCCAUUUACCCAGGCUAAACGAUACAGACGAAUUACAUCAAAUAACAACAUAUAUGAAAAAGACUGUGACAAACUACGAGGUUAUUUCCGUGCCAGAAACUAUCCAGAAAAUAUCAUUACAGACACAAUUACCAGAGCAUCAACUUUAUCGAGGGAGGAUACAUUAAAAUUAAAAGACAAAUCAGAAGAACGUGAAAAUGUUAUCCCCUUUGUGUGUACAUAUAAUCCAUCUUUACCUAAUAUAGGUAAAAUAAUUAACCAAUAUUGGAACCUAUUGAAAUUUUCUCCAAAUGAAAGUGUACGUAAAUUAUACAAAUACAAACCAAUUGUUGCUUAUAAGAGACCGAGAAAUUUGCAGGACAAUUUAGUUCAUACUCAUUUAAUUGCCAAACUCAUGGUUGGUUCAGUAUCUAAAUGCUGUUGA